AGAGAAAAUUUAGGGCUUUAUAUUUUUAUCAUCUCAUUUUCUUCAGACAAAAAAAAUAAAAUUUCGGAUCCCUGAACUUUCCCUCUCUUUUCCACACCACCACACCUUGGAGGGAAAACGCUUCUCAAAUCUCAAACCCCUCUUUCUCACCAAAAUUAGGGUUUCGUUUUCAUCUCACAUCUUCACAGAGCCGCGAUCUUUCUCAUUUCUCCGUUCGCCGAUUCACCGCCACUGCUUCGGGAACUGUGCCCCGCCGCUUCUUCCGGUUUCCGAUUUGAAGUUCAGACUUCUCAAGAUUAAGUUUAUUCAAGGUUGAAAUGCAGACAAGGAAAAAAACUUCUGGAAGAACUGCUUCCAGAGAGCAUACCAGUCCCAAGGUUACAAGAGCUCAGAAGAAAGCACAUGAAAAUGUCAGAGUAUUGGAAACCAAAGUUACAGAUAUGAUUACAUCUUCCUCCAGGAAGCAGAGAGUCGGUGGAGCUCAUAAGAAGAAUGAGGACCCUGUUAUUGCAAGCACUUUAAGUACAAAUUAUGACUUGCUGCUUAAUGAGACUUCUGAGACUUGUUUGGGGCAUGAUGCUUUAAGUGAUGAUUGCAAAGAGAAUAAGGGUUGUGUGGAGGGUACUAACAACUGCGUGCUGGGAACUAUCUUUUCUCCUGGCUUUCACAUACCGAAACAUGCUGGUGGAGAAUCUGCCAAUGGAGUUGAUUUUGUUAAAUUCUUUCAAAAUGGAGAUCACACUUUCCAUCAGGAGAUGGAAAUGAAGUACUCACCCGAUGAUGCACACCGUGGUUAUGUUGGCCGAGAGACUUCUGAGUCCACUGUUCGAGACGAGAACUACUUUGUGGAGGCAACCAAUAUUUCUUCUGAAGUCUCAGCCAUAUAUCUUGCCAUGAAAAAUUCUAAGUUGGAAUGUUUAGAUGAGCAUGGUCAGGAACCUAUGUCAACUGAUUUGUAUGUGGAUGAAGAUGACAAUGAGGAAUUUGAUGACUUUGAUCCUUAUUUAUUUAUCAAGAACUUACCGGAUUUGUCCUCAGUCGUCCCAACUUUUCGGCCGUUGCUGCUGCCUAAACAGACUCGCAGUUGCCCUCCUACAAGUCUUGUUUUGGACUUGGAUGAAACUUUGGUACAUUCCACACUAGAACCUUGUGAUGAUGCAGACUUCACAUUUCCCGUAAAUUUUAACCUUCAAGAGCAUACAGUAUAUGUUAGAUGCCGUCCUCAUCUCAGAGAUUUUCUUGACAGAGUUUCGCUCCUUUUCGAGAUCAUUAUCUUUACAGCCAGUCAGAGUAUUUAUGCAGAGCAGCUUCUAAAUGUGUUGGAUCCAAAGAGGAAGAUUUUUCGCCAUCGUGUUUUUCGUGAUUCCUGUGUUUUUGUGGAGGGGAAUUAUCUCAAAGAUUUGUCGGUUCUUGGCCGUGAUUUGUCACGUGUUAUCAUAGUUGACAACUCUCCACAGGCAUUUGGGUUUCAAGUGGACAAUGGAAUACCAAUUGAGAGCUGGUUUGAUGAUCGUUCUGAUACAGAAUUACUUUCAUUACUUCCUUUUUUGGAAAGCUUGGUUGGAGUAGAAGAUGUUCGACCACUAAUUGCAAACAAGUUCAACCUCCGGGAGAAAAUAGCUACUGCUGAAUAUCCGCUCAACUCAAAUAGAGGUGAUUCGUUUAUGCCAAUUACACUUUUGUGGGUGACUGGUGACUAUAGUAGGAUUAAGGAUACAGUCUUACAGACAUCUAAGUCAUCCUUAGUCGAUUUUUACACCAAUUAUGGCACUUCUGGUAUUGUUGUGGCUCAGAAACUGAAGGAGGCGGAGAUUACCGAGCAGGACUCGCUUCUUCUGACGAGGAACCUGCUUCGCAUCGCUAUAUUCAAUAUCAGUUACAUCCGAGGCCUUUUUCCGGAGAAGUAUUUCAAUGAUAAAUCUGUUCCUGCUUUAGAGAUGAAGAUCAAAAAGCUAAUGCCAGUGGAUAAAGAAUCUCGCAGACUUAUUGAUUGGAUGGAGAAAGGUGUAUAUGACGCCUUGCAGAAGAAGUACCUGAAAACGCUUUUGUUCUGUGUGUGUGAAGAUGUUGAAGGGCCAAUGAUAGAGGAAUACACAUUUUCUUUCAGCUAUUCAAAUUCUGAUAGCCAGGAGGUGUCAAUGAAUAUCAAUCGUUCUGGGAAUAAGAAACAGGGUGGAACAUUCAAGUAUAACUCCACAACAGAUAUUACUCCCAACCAGAUGAGGAGUUCUGCGUGUAAAAUGGUCCGCACACUGGUUCAGCUGAUGAGAACUUUGGAUAGAAUGCCAGAAGAGCGCACCAUACUGAUGAAACUUCUAUACUAUGAUGAUGUGACGCCAGCCGAUUAUGAGCCUCCAUUUUUCAGAGGCUGCACAGAAGAAGAAACUCGAAACUUAUGGACCAAGAAUCCUUUGAAAAUGGAGGUUGGGAAUGUAAACAGCAAGCAUCUUGUCUUAGCUCUCAAGGUAAAGAGUGUGCUUGAUCCCUGUGAGGAUGAAAAUGAUGAUAUUCAAGAUGAUGACUCAAUGCAAAGGGAUGACUCUUCUGAAUCUGACAGUGAGCUUUGGUCUGAGUUGUUGGUGAAAGUAAUAACGGUUCUCUUGACAGCUAAGCGUCAACCAGAGGAAGAUAACGGCAUCCCUCAGGAAGAUGAUUCCAUGGAUGAUGAAGCUACAGAUGGUACUCAGGAUCCAGAGGAAGAUGAACAGCAAUAUUCCCGGAUAAAGGACUGGAUCAAUAGUUGCCAUCUUGACACGGUUAAACUUACUGAUGUUCUCUCAAAUUUUCCAGACAUUUCAGUGGUUCUAACUGAAGAAAUUAUGGACAAGCUUGUUGUGGAAGGCACUCUAUCAAAAACUGGAGGGGACACAUACAUUAUCAAAAAGAAGUCUGAUUAUGAGUUCACUGUGGUAAAACAAGAAAUUAAUGGUCAAGCAAUCCUGGUUGGUGACAAAACUCCCAAGUCUAAUGAUCACAUGUACAUGAAGGCGCUGUGUCAUGCUCUUCCCAUGCAGUAUGUGUCAGUUCCAAAGCUUCAGCACAAGCUCGGAGGAGAAGCAAAUCAGAACACAGUGCGCAAGAUGAUUGAUAAAAUGACACAAGAAGGUUUUGUUGAAGCUAAAGGCAACGGAAGGCUAGGAAAGCGUGUGAUCCGUUCUGUUGUUACAGAGAAAAAGCUUAUUGAAGUCCAGAAAGCUUUGAAAUACGAUGCUAUGGAUGUUGACAACGUUGAACCACCAAGCAAGUCAAGUCAUCUAGAUUUUCAUUCAAUGGGAAGUAACCAGAGAGACACAUCCACAUGUGGUGUGCUCCACUCGAUCGGAUCAGAUCUCACACGCAUGAAAAUAAGGCUUAAUUCACAGGAAUAUAGUCUAAAUAAGAGUGAGCAGACUACUUCAAAGACAACGGGGCAGGGAAACACUCCCACAAGCAGGGCUCAGGAGCUUGAAGCCGAAACGCUCAGAGAGAAAUCUAGAGAAGCAGACAUGGCCACCGUUGAGAAGAAGGAUUUGGAGUGCAAGGAGCUGAAGCAUCUAGGGUUUGUGAGGAUCGCAGCGAUUCAGACGCUGGUGUGCGUUUCGAAUCUGUACGAGUAUGCGAAGCAGAACUCUGGGCCGUUGAGAUCGACCGUUGGGACUGUGGAGGGUGCUGUCACCACCGUCGUGGGCCCGGUCUAUAAGAAGUUCAAGGGCGUGCCUGAUGAUCUUCUUGCCUUUCUUGAUACCAAGGUAGAUGAAGCCACUGACAAGUUCAACAAGCAUGCUCCUCCUUUGGCUAAGCAGGUUGCAAGCCAAGGUCACUAUUUGGUCCAGACAGCUUGGGAGAAGGGCAAAAAACUCGUGAAGGAGGCCCAAACUGGGGGUCCUCGCUCAGCCAUCCAUUAUGCAGCUACAGAAUCUAAGCAGCUUGUAUUUAACCAAUCUGUGAAGUUGUGGGUUGUACUUGACCAGUACCAUCCAAUCCACAAAGUGGCAGAGAAGGCUGCACCAACAGCUGCUCACUUGUCCGAGAAGUACAACUAUACCAUAAAGGACUUGACCGUGAAGGGCUAUCCCAUCUUCGGUUAUUUGCCCUUGGUUCCAGUUGAUGAUAUAUCCAAAGCAGUUAAGCAGGGAAAGGCUGGGAAGAAGGGGGAUGCAGCUCCGCAUCAUGAGCAUAAAUCUGAUUCUGAUUCUGAUUCCGACUGAAUGAAGUAGUUACUUUUUAAAAUUUCUUGUUAUGGUCUUAGUUGAAUGGUCUUGUGGAAUGGUGGGUAUGAAGGAAUGCUGCUUAGCUAGCUACUAUGUAAAUGACUUCUAGACCCCCUCUGAAUCUAUUAAUGGAUGUCAAUGGUUUAGCCAACCUGUUUUGCAAUUCUAAAUACUACAAAUCUUUUGGUCCUUUUUCACUCACA